AGGAGGAGGAGAAGGAGGAGAAAAGAGGCAGAAAAAGGGAUCAGGCCAAGUCCUGGUGCGGUGCUCUCGGGCGAGAUGCUGUACCUGGUCGGUCUGGGUCUCGGAGACGCCGCUGACAUCACCGUGAAAGGUUUGCAGGUGGUGAGGAAAUGCUCGCGCGUCUACCUGGAGGCCUACACGUCCAUGUUGACUGUGGGCAAGGAGGCUCUGGAGGAGUUUUACGGGAAGGAGCUGACGCUGGCCGAGCGAGAUCUGGUGGAGCAGGAAGCCGACGAGAUCUUGAAGGACGCCAAGGAGACGGACGUGGCCUUCCUGGUGGUGGGCGACCCCUUCGGAGCGACCACUCACAGCGACCUCCUCCUCAGGGCGGUGCGUGCCGGGAUCCCGUACCAGGUGGUCCACAACGCCUCCAUUAUGAACGCCGUGGGCUGCUGCGGCCUGCAGCUGUACAACUUUGGCGAGACGGUGUCUGUGGUGUUCUGGACCGAGUCGUGGAGACCCGAAAGCUUCUAUGACAAAAUCCUGCAGAAUAAAGCGGCCGGCCUGCACACGCUGUGUUUGCUGGACCUGAAAGUGAAAGAACAGUCUUUGGAGAACCUGAUGAGAGGGAAGAAGAUCUAUGAACCUCCACGCUUCAUGAGCGUGUCGCAGGCGGCCACUCAGCUGCUGGAAAUCGUCAGGCGGAGGCGCGAGCGGGGCGACGACCCCGGUUUGACGGAGGACACGCUGUGCGUGGGCGUGGCCAGACUGGGCGCCAGCGACCAGGAGAUGCGCACGGCCACCUUGGCGCAAAUGAGCUCGUGUGACCUGGGCGCCCCGCUCCAUUCGCUGGUCAUCGCCGGCAGGCUCCACCCCCUGGAGGUCGACAUGUUGCGUCUCCACGCGCGAGGCGACGCCCUGACGCACCUCGACCGAGAAUGUGCUGCCGCGCCUGAAUGCGAUUGACAGCUUGACAACCGCUCGGCCACGAACCCAAACGCAGCGUACGAUUAUAGACGGGAACCCGACGGCCCGGCCAGUGUCGCGCCGAACCCCCCCAUGCAGCUUACAGACGCUGGGCCCAGUUUCAGAAAUAAACGCAACGAAAUCAACA